GCUUCCAGAAGGAGUUUUCCUGCGAGGACAAAGACGACCCAACCAGAAGCAGCAAGGAUAUAGAUGUUAGUCUCCCCAAAGUUUCUGAAUUAAGGAAGCGUUUCGAAAGCCUUACCACAAGUGCGAGUGACUUGGAGAUGAACAGAAAGGAGCGGAUCGCUCGGAGACUGGAGGGAAUUGACGGGGAAGUCCAUCCAUCCCUGCUGCCCAACUUGGUGACCAACCGGCUGCUGGAGGAAGACACGCCUCGCUACACCAGAGCAUCCGACCUCUGCGAGCCGCACACUGUGACAGUCCAGCGGUACGGCAUUGAAGGGUUUGACAUCCCAGACGUGCCGUUGAAGCCUCCUGACCGUGAGCCCAGAGAUCGAAUUAGGUCUGAGCAUCAGUCCUCCAUCCACACAGAGUCGGCCCACACCGAUGCUGCCCCAGAGCAGGAAUCCAAAGCUGAACGCAUCGCCCGCUACAAGGCGGAGCGACGCCGACAGCUGGCCGAACGCUACGGCAUCUCCUUGGAUCAGGACCCCGACUUGGAUUACGCCUCACGCCGCACCCGGAAGGAAAACGAAAGCUCGGAGAGGCGUAAAAGAGGAGACGAAGGCAGGGACGUCAGCCUCAGCGUUUACAGCAGCAACACGGUCGGCGGGUCAACACCUCAGAGCCGCCCCGUCUCUGCCUACGAUGCGCCUCGCAGCAGAGUAGACUCCUUCUCUGAGAGGGAGAGAAUGAUGAACCUGGAGAAUCAGCGCAGGGCCGUCCCGCCUCCGCCCACCUCCUACAUGGACGUAACCUCAUCGUUCUCCACCAAGGCUCACGCUAAAGACGCAGUGGCAUCAUUACCGCCCAGCUCGCCAAAGAUGAGCAGACACUCAUCGCUUUCCUCUCCCAAACACGCUGCGUCUCCUGGAGAUGCGUUCGUCGAGCAGCAGGCCCACGGCGUACUGAACAGACACGGAAUAAAAGUUAGGGAGAGGCUUGCCAGGGAGGAGGGGCACCACACUAACCCAGAGUUGGAAAAUGUGUCUGAAGUGUCGGGGUACCACAGACGGCUUCACCACGGGCCCCAGAUCUCUGCUCCGACCCGCUGCCACAGAGAGCCAGCAGGCCCCCAGAAAUACUUCCACGACCCGCAAGCUCACUUCAGCAGGUCCAGUCACCAAGGAGGAGAGGAUGUGGGUGGUUACCCCAGUUACCUAUCCAUGGCCUCUGGUCCCGCAUCCAGAGCCGAGCAGCAGCAGGAAAAACCGGCGAGUUGGGAUGAGACGGAGGAACCUGAGGGGGGGAAAACGGAGGGUCUCCUGAGGAGCAGGAAAGCCGUUUUACCUUCAGAGAUCCGCCGCAGGGAGAGAAGCACAGAGGACCUGCAGAGAGGAAGAAGUGAGGAGGAACCUGAGCUGUGCACCGUCUACGGCCUCAUCCAGGCUGGAGACGCUGCUGCAGAGGAACGCGCAAGAUCUGGAGUCAUGGGCCGAGCCAGAGCAGAGAGACCGGACCACUGUACCCCCCUGCAGGCAGCAGAGCGCCGACCCCGAGGGCAACAACACAUUUACGUUCACAAAGGACCGACAGCCACCCACAUCCAUCCCACCGCUUUAUACCCGAUCCAAGGACCCCCCUCCAGGACCUCUGUAGACCACCCACCAUCAGACGUAGGCUUCAAUCAAAGAAGCCAACAUCAGCAGCUUCAAGACGAGUGCGAAGGCGCGGGGAACGCAGAGAAUCCUCCGGAACGCCGUGUGUCUGUGGCCAAGCUCAGGCAUUCCUACAUGGAGAGCACCAGCACACCUCCAAGCAGGCGCAGGAAGGAGCUGUCUUGUGUGAGCUCAGACUUUGCUUCUGCUGAAGCUGAUGAAGAAAAGCUGGAUGAACGAGCCAAGCUGAGCGUAGCGGCAAAGCGGUCGCUCUUCAGGACAUCGUUAUUCAUCAUAAAGUUCUGGUUUCAGGUGAUGACGACAAACUCUAUUUGGACAGGAAACGAAUCGAACAAAUGUUGUAGUAUAUAUAUGCGUGUUUUUUCACUCCAGGAGUUCUCAGAUACAGACAUCAGGGAUGAUGAUGAUGAUGAUUAUGAGGAGGAGGAGGUGGAGCUGUGUGACAGCCCAUUGGAACAUCUCCAACUUCAGAACGGUUCCGGAACGCCGUACGGACACACUUCAUCCUCCUCUGUACUCAGAGCAGGAGCCGCCGUCUCCUCUGACCAUGCCGGAGACAUCCUCAUAGCGAGCGCAGCUGUCCGACCUGAGCCCACCCCCCGCCACCCUGACCCCUCGGACCACCAGAUCAACCAAAAAUUGGACCAGGAGGAAGACCAGACGGACCUAAAAGCGGGGAAGCGGAGGUUGCCUUCCCCUGAAACGGCGGUCAGGCAGGCUGCUCUGCCUCAGCCCCGUUCUGGGAGGGAGAGACGGUGGGAGGAGGAAGAGAAGGAGGAGGAGGAGCCACGCUGGCUUUCCAGGGGUGGGGAUGAUACAGCUGUUCAGAGCCAGAAGUUCUGGGAGACGGAGGAGCAGAGGAGGAAUCACAGGGAGGAGGGACGACCGUCAGACAGGAUCAGAUCCAUCAGUGGAGAGCUCCCUGAUUCCACUGUGGUAACAUCCAGAGACCCGUUGGGAUCAACCUUAGAUGACGGUCGGACUCCCGGGGGGGGAGAGUCGGUCUGCCUGGUUCAGCCUGAUCCAGAGGAAAACAUGGGUGAGGUGACGAUUGGACGCCACAUGUCCAUCAGAGAGAGAGUCGCCUUGUUAAAGAAAAGUGGUGAGAAGGACUGGAGGGAGAGGAUCAGUAAGAAGCAGGAUGUGGCGAAGGUUGCAGCGGAUGAGCAGCAGGCCCAGAUGUGGGAGAUGGAGCAGAGCUUCAGGAAGAAGGAGCCAGUUUCAGCUGCGACUCUCUCUCCUCCCGAUCCUUCUUUCCAUGCCUCUUCCCCUGACGACACAGCCAGCCAGGCCACCAGAUCACCCAGACCCUUGCAGGUGGAUGACAGACACCCCUGGAGAAGGAAGAGAACAGCAGAAGCUGAGACGGAGAGCCAGAGCAUGGAGGCUCACAUGUCCAUCCAGGAGAGGAAGCAGCUGAUCGAGGCUCAGGAGGAGGCCUGGAAGACCAAAGGCCACGGAGCCGCUAACGACUCCUCCCAGUUCACAGUGGCUGCUCGAAUGGUGCAGAAAGGGCUGGCCUCUCCCUCUGCUCUCCUCUCCCCCCUCCAGUCCAAAUCAAAGAACAGUCUUGCUGUCUCCAAACCUCAGGAAGAGAUUAAGGCGGUCCCAGAUCUCAACCUGGAGUCGGACACAAAGCUAGAGAAGCUCGAGUCGUUCCUUGGAAAGCUUAACAGUAAAGUGCCCGGACUGCCAGAGGCCACCAUCACUGUGACUCAGCAAAAAGUCAAGGAAGUGAUGAGCCUUGAAGAUGAAACCUUCUCCAAGUUCUACCGUCAUGUGGAGGAACUCCCCACCAACGGCAACAAGGUGGAGAUAGACGACGACUUCGACGCCAUUUUUGACCCCGAGGUGCCAAAAUUGAUUUCAGUCAUGGUCCAACACAAGAGGGCGGUGCGGCCGAACCGCAACGUUCAGUCCUCCAGGAACCCGCUGAAAAAGCUGGCUGCCAGAGAGGAUAUCAGGCACGAGUACACGGAGCAGAGGCUCAACAUCGGCCUGCUGGAGAGCAAAAGGAUGAAGGUGGAGAAGAUGAACAAGAACUCUGGGUUUUCUGAAGUGGCUCUGGCCGGUUUGGCAAGCAAGGAGAACUUCAGCAGCGUCAACCUGCGAAGCGUCAGGGUCUCUGAGCAGACGUCCAACAACAGCGCCGUGCCAUACAAGAAGCUCAUGCUGCUUCAGGUCAAAGGGAGACGACACGUCCAGGUCCGGCUGGUGGAGCCCAGAGCGUCCUCUCUGAACAGCGGAGACUGCUUCCUGCUCGUCACUCCGCACCACUGCUUCGUCUGGAUCGGGGAGUUCGCCAACGUCAUAGAGAAAAGCAAGGCGUCAGAGUUGGCCAACUUCAUCCAGAGCAAGAGAGAUUUGGGUUGCCGAGCAGAAUACGUCCAGAUGAUAGACGAAGGCGCCGGCACACAAAGCCAUGCUGUCCAGGAGUUCUGGAAGUGUCUCGGAGGACAGGCAGAUUAUCAGUCAGCAGGAACCCCGGAUGAAGACGAGCUGUACGAAGCAGCCAUCGUGGAGACGAACUGCAUUUACCGCCUGAUGAACGACAAGCUGGUCCCAGACGAUGACUUCUGGGCCAGGAUGCCCCGCUGCACUCUGCUCAAUCCCAAAGAGGUUUUGGUGUUUGACUUUGGCAGUGAGAUGUACAUCUGGCAUGGGAAGGAAGUGACGCUAGCUCAGAGGAAGGUCGCCUUCCAGCUGGCCAAGCACCUCUGGAACGGCACCUUCGACUACACUAACUGUGACAUCAACCCGCUGGACCCAGGAGAGUGCAACGUACUCAUUCCGAAAAAAGGCCAAGGCCGGCCGGAUUGGGCCGUGUUUGGCCGACUGACUCAACACAACGAGACCACCCUGUUCAAGGAGAAGUUUCAGGACUGGAGCGACUCCAGGAAGACGCCCAGCCCCACCACAACAAACGAUGUCAUCGCCGACCACAAGCAGCCGACGUCUGACGCCCCUCGUUUGUUCAGCGCCUCCUUGAUGCUGCCCCCCCACCGAGCUGCGGUCUGCACCGUCUUAGACGGGCUCAGCGUGGGCCGGGGCUACGGCGUGGUGGAGGCGGAGGAGUGGCGGAGCUAUGUGGUCAGCACUCUCGCGGUGGAGGUGUGGCACAUCCUGGAGUUCGACUACAGCCGGUUGCCUCGCCAGAGCAUCGGCCAGUUCCACGACGGCGACACCUACGUGGUUAAAUGGAAAUACAUGGUCAGCGCUGCAGUUGGAAAGAGACAGAACCCAGAGCAGCAGAAGACGGCAGGAGCUGGAAAGGAGAAAUGCUGCUACUUCUUCUGGCAGGGCCGCAAUUCCACCGUCAAUGAGAAAGGGACGUCGGCGCUCAUGACUGUGGAGCUGGACGAGGAGCGGGGAGCACAGGUUCAGGUCCUGCAGGGGAAAGAGCCACCAUGUUUCCUGCAAUGUUUCACAGGGGGAAUGAUUGUCCACUCAGGGAAGAGAGAAGAGGAGGAGGAAUGCUCACAAAAUGACUGGCGUCUUUACUGCGUGCGAGGGGAGAUGGAGGUGGAGGGCCACCUGCUGGAGGUGGCCUGUCAUUGCAGCAGUCUGCGCUCCAGAGUUUCCAUGGUGCUGCUGGGAGUCAGCCAGGCCCUCAUCUACCUGUGGCACGGCUGCAAAUCCCAGACGCACACGCGGAAGGUGGCGUGUGUCGCCGCCAACAGGCUCAAAGAGAACUGUCCUCUGGAAACGGGGCUGCACAGCAGCAGCAGGGUGACCGUACGGGAGUGUGACGAAGGAGCGGAGCCCAUUGGGUUCUGGGAAGCCCUCGGCAGGAAAGACAGGAAGGCGUACGACUGCAUGCUUCAAGAUCCCGGCAGGUUUAACUUCACGCCUCGCCUGUAUCAGCUGACCAGCAGUUCUGGGGAGUUCACUGCUGUGGAGUUUCUCUACCCUGCCAGAGACCCCGAGCAGGUCAACUCCAUGCCUUUCCUGCAAGAGGACCUCUAUGGAGCCUCACAGCCAGCUCUUUUCCUGGUGGACAACCACCACGAAGUCUACUUGUGGCAAGGCUGGUGGCCUCCAGACAGCGAAAGCACGGGCUCGGCCCGAAUCCGCUGGGACUCUGAUAGAAAGUGCGCCAUGGAGACGGUGCUGCAGUACUGCAGAGAGAAGAACGAGAGGAAACCUCCCAAAGCGUACCUGAUCCACGCCGGCUUGGAGCCGCUCACCUUCACCAACAUGUUCCCCUGCUGGGAGCACAGAGAGGACGUGGCUGAGAUCACUGAGAGGGAGGCUGAGGUGUGUAACCAGAUCAUCCUGGUGGAGGACGUGUUGGCCCGCCUGUGUCAGACCACCUACCCUCUGGCUGAGGUCCUGGCCCGGCCGCUGCCUGAGGGGGUGGACCCUCUGAAACUGGAAGUCUACCUCUCUGAUGAGGACUUUGAGGGUGCAGGGGCUUAUGGGAAGAGAGCCCUGGAGAUGAGUAGAGAGGAAUACGGCGCUCUGCCUGCAUGGAAGCAGGUGAAGCUGAAGAAAUCUAAAGGACUCUUCUGAAAGAGCAGCAUUCAGGAUUUCUGUUGGGUUUUUUUUAACAGCGGAAAGUCAGAAGCAGCUCGAACGUUUUGAUGGAGAACCUCUGAGAUGUGCAGUAGAGGUGUGCGAGCUUCUCACGCUGCGGUGACGAGUGGGGAAACGUGGGUGUAGGAACCUUGUUUAUGGUUAUGAUUGUACAUAGCUAGCAUAAAGAAAGCAGCCAUCUGCUGGAGUGAAGCAGGUCUGUAAGCCUGCUGGACGCUCCUCUCUGCUCAUGUUUGUGCUACAAAAAUCAUAUUUAUAUUAAAUCCACAGAAUUAUAUAAAAAGAAAUAAACUUUGUCUAAUAAAAACAAAAAUAAUUGAACUUUAUUGAUCUCACAUUGGAGAAAUUAACUCUGCUUUUAAUCCAUUUAAUCCAUUCCCUUGGCCACACAAUGGCAGCCCACACAGGGUCUUGCUCAGGAACCCAUAGCGAAGGCUGUGGGGAUCAAACCAAUUACUGCUCCAACCACUAGGCCAACACUACUCCAAAAUAAAAGUCCAAUGAUUAAUGUGAAGAGAACGGCCUGAAGAGGUGCCUUCAGUGUAUAGUGCCUUGCUACAUGUACAGUUUAUAUACAGAACCUGUUCUGGUUUGUCAAGAGUUUUACGAUGAAAAUAAACCGAUAGAGAAAUGAAUAAAGUUUGAUAUC